AUGUGUGAAUAUUUGAACUUAAAUUUUAUGAACUUGAAUUUUACCGAAAUUUUUUACAUUUUUCAGGAGCUUUUAGACUUUGGAAAAGAACCUCCAGCUUUGUGUAAUGCAGGCCCAAUCGGGGAGGACCUCUGGAAUUGGCAAGCAACCAUUACUGGGCCUCCAAAUUCGCCUUAUCAAGGAGGAGUGUUUUACUUAAAAAUUAACUUUCCACACGAAUAUCCGUUUAAACCGCCAAAGAUUAGUUUUAAAACACAGAUUUACCAUCCAAAUAUUAAUAAUGAAUAG